AUGUACUUCUUCCUCAGUAACCUGUCCUUCAUGGAUAUCUGCUAUGUGACCUCCACAGCCCCCAAGAUGCUCUCCAACUUUUUCCAAGAGCAGCAGACUAUCAGCCAUGUGGGUUGUGCUGUUCAGUUCUUUGUCUUUUCAGUCAUGGGACUGAGUGAGUCUUGUCUCAUGACCGCCAUGGCUUAUGACCGAUACACCGCCAUUUGUAAUCCUCUUCUCUAUUCAUCAGUCAUGUCACCCACCUGCUGUAUUCAGAUGGUGUUGGGAUCCUAUCUGGCUGGACUCUCUGCUUCUGUAUUCCAGUUGUGUGCCAUACUACAGCUUCACUUCUGUGGACCUAAUGUCAUCCACCACUUCUUCUGUGACUUGCCCCAGCUAUUACUCCUGUCCUGCAGUGACACUUUCUUUGUACAACUCUUGACUGCUUUAUUAACAGUGAUGUUUGGGAUCCUAAAUGCUCUCAUUAUCGUGGUAUCCUAUUGCUGUAUUGUCAUUUCCAUCAUGAAGAUCACGUCAGCUAAAGGCAGGUCCAAGGCUUUCAACACCUGUGCUUCUCAUCUCACAGCAGUGUCCCUCUUCUAUACCUCGAGUAUCUUUGUCUAUUUGAGUUCCAGCUCUGGCGGUUCCUCCAGC